GGAAGCUACUCCAGAGCCGUCCAGCAGCAGCGACGCCUUCAUCUAUAAAGGGCUUUUUGGAGCUAAACAUAGCAGAGAACAGAGACAUAAGGCUGAUUUGAUCUUCGAAGGUGGCCACAUAGUAAGAUGAAGCUUUGUAGAGCAGAAUACAGAACAAUAGCAAAAUUCACUGAGCAGCUGCGGCCCACUCGACAGUGUAUGAAGAUGCUGAAGGACAGGUUCCCCAAUCACUCGCAGUCCACUCUUCUGAGCAUCUUCUCCCUGGAGUACCAGAAGCGAAUGAAAAGAAGUCUUGUGAGACACCAUGCCCCAGAUGUUAUUGAAGACUACUACCAGAGGUACCGUAGUGAAGCCAAGAAACGUCCUUCAGACCCUGUCCUGCUGGAGUUGGCCAACGAGGUGGAUCUGUCUCCAUCUCUCAUGGCUCGUCUGCUGGUGGAGCGCUUCCUUGAGGAGCAGCAGGGUUCAGUGUCCUCUAAGCAAGUUUUGAAUAGCAUGUUGCGGGAGCCAUCUUUAAUUCCAGACAUCCAGUUAGCCAAACAUGUGGAACAGUGCACAAUAAAUGACUGCUGUUAUGGGCCGCUGGUAGACUGCAUCAAACAUGCUAUAGGCCAAGAGCAUGAGGAAAUUCUGCGGGAGAAACUCAGAGAGAGGAACUUGUCCUUUUUAGAUGAGAAUCAUCUACGGGCCAAGGGUUACGACAAGACCCCUGACAUUAUCCUAGAAGUCCCAAUUGCUGUUGAAGGCCACAUUGUUCACUGGAUUGAAAGCAAGGCCUCAUUUGGGGAUGAGCAGAGCCAUCGCACGUACCUGAACGAGCAGUUCUGGAGCUACUGGAACAGGUUUGGCCCAGGUCUAGUCAUCUACUGGUACGGCUUCAUAGCAGAACUGGACUGCCAGCGGGACAGAGGGAUCCUGCUCAAGGACUGCUUCCCCUCAGACAUCAUAACUCUGUGCCAUGGGUCGGGAGAAAGCUGACGCUAGCCAAGGGUUAUACUGAGGGUGGACAGGGGGCAACGAGGGCAUUUGUCGGUGGAGACAUGAAUCCGGAAGCAAUUUAGGUUUCCCGCUGCGUGACGCUACUGGAAAACAUCUGCCCUGAACUUCAGUUGAACUCCAAGGGAUCAGGGUCAGGAUAGUACCUCCGUGCAAAAUCAUGCUAAAAGGGCCGGACUCUUCCUGGACUGGGCCUGGAUAAGCCUGGACUCUUUAGCUCUUUGGGAGCCUCCUGAGUAUAGAGGGGAGGGCAGGUAGUGCCUCUUAUCGCAGCCCUCUCCUUCGUCACUCUGACCCGUACACACUCUUCUGAGGCCAGCAGGUUUCUCUCUCUCUUGAUAGGGUGUAGUCUGUUUGGAACCAUGUCUACUGACCCCCCCCCCAUUUUGGAUUUAGGACACUUAGCAGGUUUGCCGUUUGCCAUAUCAGUUAACUCCCAGUGUUUUUAACUUGGCUUAAAAACAAAGAAAUCAAUAAAAGUAAAUCUGUAAAUAUCUGUAUCUUUUUUUAGAGUGUAAUUUUUAUGCCAUAGUGCUUUAUAGUGAAUCUCUUUUGGCGAAAAAAUAAAAAAGGAAGGCAACAGAACAGAGAGCUCAGGACAGAAUUAGUAAGUAAAAAGUUACUGUAUAUGGUUAGAGAAAAAAACAGCCAGUUCCUAGUCCCCCCACACGGAAGGGCACAAAGGUUGACGUUCUUGGAGCCUCCUUCUGCGUGCUGUCUGGAUGAAAGACGAGUGCAGGCCCUCUGCGCUGGAGUACCAUGGUGAGAUAUGAGGGAGAUCAAGAGCUUCCCCCUCUCUCCCUCUGCUCUGCUGUUAAUCGGGCCCAGACCUGCUCUGACCUGCUCCUCUCAGAGCGGACUAUAGUGGAGCUUUACCCAUCACUGACCCCUCUCUCCCAUCCACCCUCCAGACCGUUCAGCACUCCUCUGGCCUGCACAGGCCUCGGCACUCCACUUUUAAAUAGCAGUAAAGUGUUGCAUGAUUUGUUACCCUUAAACCUCUAACCUUAAAGCAGCCCCCACCCCAUUUAGGCCUUGAGGACCGCGGGUCAGGGAAGGGUCACGGGGCGGCCAUGAUUUCCUCUGCCAGGCCCAUUUCUCCAAGCGGUACAAAACAACGGCCCCCCAGCGUCCAGUUAAGAGAGCCUUAUUGCGCAGCCAUGGAAUGCUUAGACAUCACUUUACAGCUCCGCUUGGACACAAAAACAAGCUUUUUAACUGGGGGAAAAAUGCAAUGUGGAAUAAAGAAGGAGAAAAAAUGGUAAACAGCAGAUUCAGUUCCUCUCAGGUUUCAAGCCUUCCUGCUAUUGUUUUUCAAGAUGGCUGUUGCACAAAAGAGGAGCUGGGGUCAACCUCUAUAAAUUAGUUUCUGCACACAAUGCAAACCAAAUACUACUUUUUUUUUUACCCUCCCUACAAAGAACAGUAAGAGAUGAGGUGAGGCUUCCGAGAUUUCCAUGAUGCGUUCUAUUGAAUGGUUCUGUUGCUGUACACUUUUAUUUUGUAUUUUUAGAGCCAAUUUCCAGUUUUGGAUUCAUUGUUCUUGUCACACUUGUCUCCCACUUAAAGCACUCACCAAAUGAGGGCUGAUGAUGAUGUUUGUGCCGAGUGUUCUUUUGUAGUGUUCCAAUGGAUACAAUUUGUGCACCAGUGCCAUCAAAUUUUGCCAUAACGUUUAAUAAAGUGUGUGUUUCUGGCCUGACUGGGCUUAAACUAUUGUUAUACUGAUGCCUGAUACAGAACUUUGCAACAGGUCAAUAUUGACAAUGUUUCUCAAAUGAAGGUGCGAGAUAUUUUGAGUAGAUGCUGCUGCUCUGAUAAGUUAAUCUGUUCUUUUAGGACCAUAUGAUCAAAUGCAAGUCCAGGUCUCCAUUUCUGCAGUGCAUUCUUGCCGCAGCUAUACAUCCCCUAGCAGCAGAAGGCUAUACGCUUACCCUGACAAUGCGCCAAAGAAUGGCCAUCCACAGAGAAUUGUGCUUAUUAAUGUGGGAGGGAGGCUCACAUAAUGGGCUGCAGCAGUGCUCAGCAUGCUCUCUGCAUUACUGACUGGCAAAGCACGGAGUCCGUUCAAGAGAGGACCACGGACUGGCCUGAGGCUUGAUGGGAAGCAUGGUCUAGAAGCUUGAAGAGACAAAGACACCAUGCCUACAUUUUCUUUCCCCCUCUUUAUUUGUUUACACACUAAAACUGGCUCAUGACCCACAAGAAGAACACAGAUCUGGACAUGAAUUUCCAAAACCACAUCUGUCAAAAGCCAAGCAUAAAUCAUGCUUUACACUCUGUUGGCAGAAUUAAAUCAUGCUGCUGGCAAAACUGUAGAGAAAAUAUUCUUUAUCUACACAGUACAUCUGUAGAGGACGCUUAGAACAGAAAAAAGUCCUACAAACUUCUGCUUUAGUGCUCAGAAAGAUCUUUUCAUUCGACAGUUUUGUUGAAAAGUUACAUUUUUGGAGAGUGAACGUACAGCCUAAGUAAGUAAAGCUUUAAAAAAAUGACAGUGGUGGGGGUGGUGGUGGGGAGUGCAUGUAGACGUCCCCUAGGCGAGAAUACUUUCGGAUUGUUAUUACAAUCGGACGGGAUAUAUGUGCAGGCACGAAACAGCAUUUCAGCUGAUGUUUAACUUUGGCCGAGGUUGUAAGCAGUCUGCGCACAGCUGUGUGCACUCCACCAUUAACAUAUCUAUCUUUCACUGCCACAGCAGGUGUGCGAUCAUGUGCUGCUAUAGAUUUAGCUCUGAUCCACUGUGGUGCUCACACACAGGCAAAGGAGAUAUGACCUAACAUUCUUUAGUAACAAUUAGCUAUAAUUCUGUGAUCUCUGUCCAGUGCUGCAGAGAAUUGUGAGACAUAAUCCCAUUACUGUAAGAAUGCCUGGCAAAGUUCACACCAGGUAACAUUUAUAUUCCAAUGCUGAGCUUGUGUCGUUUAGGUUUAACUUUCAUGUUGCACAGGCGUAUGUUUUCACUUUGCUAGACUGAAUUACCAGUUGCUUUGCUAGCCUUACUAACCUUACAGUUGAAAAGAUUUGUCCUUUGAUUCUUUGCAUUGCUGUCAGUGGGGAUGACCACCAAUAUUUUGGUGAUCGAAGAUUGAUCACAGAGUUAUUUUGACAGCAAUACAACACCAUGCUGCACAUGUUCACUCAAUAAUUUGCUGCCAUUGGAAUGUCCACAUAUUUGAUGUUGCAACAUGAGCAGUCUAAAGUAGCUUUACAAUCCCUCCCUGUAACUCUAGCUAGCUUCUGUAGGAGGGAUUCCCAG